UAUUUAAAUUGCUCUUUUAAACAUUGACAAUGGUAAAAAUAUAUACCAAACGUAAAUAUGAAUUACUUCUUAUUGUUCGAUUUCAUUUAUAUGAAGGUUUAAAUGUGUUUUCUCAAUAACAUUGAUGACAUAAAAGUGAAUUUGUUCAGGUAGCUCUUUGAUAUUAACGAAAUAAUUAACACAUUGGACUAAAAAGCGAAUAAACGGAAUGGUUGCAGUGACGGACAUUAGAUGAAAUGCCGAAGAUAAAAAUUAUAUCAUCUUUGGAAACAUCCGAGAAAGUUGUAAAAUCCCUUCUUUGUUUGGACAGACCUGUCAUUGGAGUCAACUGUAAAGGUGCUGAUUUAGGACCACAGGGUAGAAUAACGCAGGUGACAGUAAGUACCUGUUGUGAUGACGUUUACAUCUUUGACGUUAGGCGCCAACCAAACAUAAUUAUAGACGGAGCUGUAAUUAGACUUUUCCAAUCCAGAGAACUAGUCAAGGUCUUCCAUGAUUGCAAAGCAGACAGUUCAGCAUUAAAGAAAAUUUAUGGCGUUGAUAUCAAUAAUUAUUUUGAUAUACAGUUAGCAUUUUCUACUAUUUUGGAACAACACGGCUUCCCACCAAGAAAAGUAUCACUAUCGUAUCUUUGUGAUAGAUUUGGAGUUGAUAGAUUUACGCCAAAUCGUGCACAACAGAUGAAAAUGACCGACAUCAACUAUUGGGCAUUAAGACCAUUAACCAGUGAAAUGAUUGAUGUAUCUGCAGCUGAUGUGUUACCAUUAAUACCAGUGUACCAUUCUCUAACACAGGAUUUAUCUCCAGAUAUGUUCAGCUGGUUUGAGUGUCAAAGUAUCGAUAGUAAAUUCUAUAAUCCUAACAAAGUGAAAAGAUCAGUUCCAGUGUGUGAGAGAAUGAAGAAGAUAAAACAUAUAUGAAGUCUGUUAGGUUUAAAUUAUGUGAGGAUUAGAUGUAGUGACAAAAAGACGUGACGUGAAAUAUGUCGGACAGCUUUAUAUUUUCUGUUUUCGGACCAAUCACAAAUCAUAUAGGGUUACAUUAUCCAGAACCGAAGUAAACUAUUUCGGAUAA